AUAUCAACUCAAAGUGAUUUUCCAUUCAAUCAUUUAUCUCCCCCCAUGAACAACAUCCUCCUCUUUUUUAUAUGUCUGAAUGACCUGGCAGGCUGGCACCAUCUUUGCUUGGCCUCUAAGCUCCUUUUUAAGCAACCCCUUUAUUGCUGACUCGAAAAAGGCUACCUAGCCUGGGAGCUCGAGGGUUCCUCAAUUUUGCUUGGUAAAAGCUUGUGAAAUGGGAAGGCAGCCUUGUUGUGAUAAGGUUGGAUUGAAGCGAGGCCCAUGGACGAUUGAGGAAGAUCACAAGCUCAUGAACUUCAUCCUCAACAAUGGUAUCCAUUGCUGGCGAAUGGUUCCUAAGCUUGCAGGUUUGCUAAGAUGUGGGAAGAGCUGCAGAUUAAGAUGGAUUAAUUAUCUAAGGCCAGAUCUUAAGAGAGGAGGUUUUACAGAAACGGAAGAGACUGAAAUUAUUCAGCUUCAUUCACGUCUUGGUAACAGGUGGUCUAAGAUUGCUGCACAUUUUCCUGGUCGGACCGACAAUGAAAUCAAGAACCACUGGAAUACAAGAAUCAAGAAGAGGUUAAAGCUCCUUGGCUUAGACCCUGUGACUCACGAGCCCUUUGAGCAAAAAGGAAGCAAUGGUGAUAAUAAUGAGUCAAAUUCAUCAAAAGGACAAGAGGAAAGCGUGGAGUUUAAGUCCUCCAUGGACAAUCAUGCCAAGAGAGAUUCUGCAGGAACAGAGAAGAACAGGGAUGAAGUGGAAUUAAUUACUUUGGAUGAAACAAAUGAUGUUUUAAACAAUUAUGAUGGCUGGUGGGGAAGCUUGGACUUGGGAUACUCAUGGAUGAAACAAGAAGCCAACACCAAUACUUCCUACAGUUCUUCAUUUUCCUUGGAAAACUCUAGCAACCCUUCCAUGGGUGAAUCCCCCUCAAUUCAAGAAGAUUCUCUACGACAAUGGGCUGGAAGUGUGGAUUCCAUGCUCUCAUGGGAGGAUGGCUUCAAUCAUCUGGAACAAGACCAUUUUUUUCUUGGAGAACUAUAACCAAUGAACAUGCUCCCAUAUUCUGCUCCCCAAGUGUCUUUGGUUUCUAUUUUUAGUUGGAUGAACAGUGUCUUUAAUUUCAUGAACACUAGACCAAUAAAAUUGUUAUAGAAGUUAGUGCGAAGAUUAUUGUGAUUGAUUACUGUCAAGUGAGAAACAGUCGAUCCCUUUACACUUCUUCUAAUUUUUCCUC